AUGGACGAGUCCACCGCCAACCUCGACCACGAUACCGACUUGGCUAUCCAGAAUGUACUGCGGACGGCGUUGGAGGAUGUGCAGAUGUUGGUGAUUGCGCAUAGGUUGAUGACCGUUUGCGGUCUUGACAAGAUUUUGGUCCUGGACCACGGUAAGGUCAUGCAGUACGGUACGCCGUGGGAACUAUCGCAGAAACAAGGCGGAUUCUUCCGGGAUCUGUGUAAACAGAGUGGAGAGGAGGCGCAGUUGCGGGAGAUGGCAAAGAGCGUGCAUGAUAAAAAGACGGCGUAG